GCCACGCCUUCAAGACAGAGUAGGACAUGGAGGGCAAACAAUGAAACGUAGCGCAGGGUUUUUUGCAACGCACACGUUGGGGCUACAUACGGGCUGCUUCCCAUCAGCUUCCGAUGCUCGUUUGGACCUGCGUGGCAAGCUCAGACAAGCCAGGCAGGUCGGAAGAGCAAGGCAACGCGUGCGUUUCAUGCCGAGGUGCUGAACAUAAGAGCGUAACGCUGCGCCAAAUCCAAGCUUUCGUCACCGCGACCCACAAGUCUGUCUUGACUUUCGCAGCCAAAGACGACUCCCAAUGUUGGAAAAGUAAUGGAGUCCAUCCUCUCUCUGUUACUGGGCCAAACAAAUACACGCCUGAGGACAGGAGUCUUUGUUGUUGUUGUUGUACAAGUAUCAGUACUAGGGCCCGACUAAUUCAUUGACUGGCCCAUAUUAGCCUUUUUCACAUCGGAAGAAAUUUGGUCGAUAUAUAUAUAUCUAUAUUUUUUAUAACAACAAAUUGCAAAAUAAUACAAAGAUAAUGACAUUCAAACAAACAAAAAAAUAGACCGAUUUUGGUCAAUUUUAGGUAAAACAGUCAAAUGUUGUGCCUGUAAUUCAUACGUUUAUUGUUGUAAGUGUAAAGAGACCAAAAAAGAAGUAAUUUUACUCAUUAUAUAUUUAAAAAAUUGAUCGGUCGAUGAAUCGGUUUUAAGUCCAUAUCGGCCGGCCCGUUGUUUCUACUUCUACUUAAAUCCAGAUUGUAAGUACUUUUGCCGCCUCUGGUCUCGACCAAGUCCAAAGGGAACGAGUCCAAAAUCUCGCAUCUGUCUCCUCUGGUGCUGAUUUUCUCCUCAAGACUGCAACAGCAUGCGACUCGGACGGAGGGACCAGGGGCACACACGGACGGCUACCUGUUGGUGACGUGGCAGCGCGGUCGGUGGCUGAGGAACAAGGUUCACUUAUGUCGACAGACACAGUGGCAACUUCUCAACUUCCCUGCACAUUCUCCUCGGAAUCACCACCGUCUUCGCCCAAAGUCCUCUGGGCCGGCGGUCAAAACAUUUUCUUGCGCAUCAGAGUCUAAAAGAAGUUUGAUUUUGAAGUCGGGUACAUCCGCCACGGCCUGUGUACUUGGCAAACUAGCUCCUACUACUACUAUGUAACACUUUGGGUGUCUUUGUCUCCCAUUACCCCAAGAUGGGACUGGCUCGUUGAAAAGAAACAAGUGCGGGGCUCCGACUGAUGACGACAACUAUUUUCAACGGCACAGUGACGUCUUCCAGAACACAACCUCCAAAAAUGGCACUUUUCUGACUUUUAUUAUUAUUAUUUUUUUUAAUAAAACGUUUGAGUGUCCACGAUGGUGCACAUCCGCAGCCUGAUGCUUUUUUGCUUCGCUGCUUGCAGCCGGUCACGUCUGGUGCUUUGUUUCGACCACUGUGGGCAUUCCUUUCAAGUGUUGGACAGUGACGUGGGAGAGAUCAGGAGUUCUGCUUACCACACUUACUCCUACCGUUUUGGUGCCACGAAUGAUUGCUGGACCAUUAAGGGUUCGGUGGGGGAACCGGUCGUCCUCAGCUUCUCCCAGUUUUCGGCUCGGUGCAGGAAGGAGUGGCUGUCGGUCAAAUCGUCCGCUGGCGGCGCGCCGCUCGUUCUGUGCGGCUCCAAAUUGCCGCCGCCAGUUGAAUUCCCGGGCGGAAACAUCACAGUGGUGCACCACUUCCUGCCACACAUAUACCCCGUGUCAUCAUUUCGCUUGAAUUACGCCAGAGAUUCGUACUCCGGCGAAUGCCCCAUGACGUCGUUCGAAUGCCUGGGAGGCCGUUGCCUGCCCCUCUCGUGGCGCUGCAACGGCCAGGUGGAGUGUCUCGGGGAAGGGGACGGCGCCGGCACGGACGAGGAGGGCUGCGGCGGCGAGGGGACGCCGCCAGGGACGCAGGAAUACGGCGAAACGGCCGAGAGGAACGGUGCCGGGGACUUUGGGAAUCAAAGUCCUGCUGUGAAAAGCCACAAGGACGACAGGACAGAUGAGCUGCUGGCCUUGUUGAAGGCGAGGCAGGACAAUGAGCUCCACAGGGAGCCCGUUGUGACGCCCGCUCCCGCCGAGUGGCCCUGUGGAGGACAUCUCCGGACCUUCUAUGGGACUUUUUCUCCUCCGGCUCUUCGGGGCCCCCCUUUACUGUGCGUUUGGACUCUGGACCCCGACGACUCCCGACCCUUGAGGCUGGACCUGCAGCAGCUGGUGCUGGGGCCCGGGGACACGCUCACAGUCCACAAUCGAGCGCAAGGCAAAGGAGACCUGAUUAAAAUUAUCACAAGCGCCUCCAAUUACAAAGGGGUCCAAGUGGAGUCCCACACCGGCCUGCUGUCGCUGACGUACCAGACGCUUCCCGGCUCGGAGGGAAGCGGCUUCAACGCCACGUUCCACGUCGGGAGCUACUGCCCCCCCUGGGUGGGCCGCUGCGGCGGCGCCUCGGGGGGCUGCUUCACCCAGGAGCGACGCUGCGACGGCAAGUGGGAUUGCCCCGAGACCGGGAAGGACGAGGAGGGCUGCCGGGGCUGCGGCCGCGACCAGUUCGCCUGCGGGGUCCCCGGCCAGAGGGCGGCGGCGUCCGGCCGCUUCGCCGGCCGCCCCGUGUGUUAUCCGGGGAGCGAGCGCUGCAACUACCAGCUGUACUGUGCGGACGGCAGCGACGAGAGGGACUGCGCCCUGUGUCAGCCCGGAACCUUCCACUGUGACAGUGACAGGUGCGUGUUCGAGAACUGGCGCUGCGACGGCCAGGUGGACUGCAAGGACGGCACGGACGAGCUCAACUGCACCGUCGUCCUGCCGCGCAAAGUCAUCACGGCGGCGACGGUGGGCAGCCUGGUCUGCGGGCUGCUGCUGGUCAUCGCCAUGGGCUGCACCUGCAAGCUGUACUCGCUCCGGACCAGGGAGUACAGCAUGUUUGCACCGGUUAACCGGCACGAGGCUCAGCUGAUUCAGCAGCAAGCACCCCCCUCUUACGGUCAGCUGAUCGCACAAGGCAUUAUCCCCCCAGUGGAGGACUUCCCCACAGAAAACCCCAACGAGACUUCGUCCUUGUCCCUGAGGGGAAUACUGCAACUCCUUCGCCAGGACGCGGUCACCUCCCCGCACCGGAGACGCAGGCCCCGAUUCGUCCGCCGCGCCGUCCGCCGCAUGAGGAGGUGGGGCCUGAUCCCCAGGCCCCCCUCCAGACCCUCUCGGACGGCCGCCGACGGCCAGCGGCCGCCCGACGCCGCUCCUCCGCAUCAGGAGCCGACGCGCACGGCCCCCGCCGGUUCCGCGUCUCCCGUGGAGGCCGUCAACCGGCCCGUGCCUCAGAAAGCGAUCCCGUCGUCUCGGGCUCCGUCGCCGUCCUCCGCUUCCCCGCCUCCGCCUCCGUACGCUCCCCCGGCUCCGCCCGCCGAGGCGCCCCAAACGCCCCCGGUGGCCAUCCCGCCCAGCAGCCCCUCUCUGGCCUCCAUCUUCCACACGCUGGGCCUAAGUCUGUCCUUGUUUAGAGCGUCACCGUCGUCCUCGUCCGGCAACUCCAUGCCCCUCUCGGCCUCCCCCUCCUUCUCCUUGUCGUCUUCCUCCGACGACGACGUGCUGCUCAUCCCGCUUUCCGAAGACGCCACCUCAGAGGACGACGUGCCCAUGCUCACUUGACUCAUCUCCGUGACUAGUGCCUUUUUCCUGUUGUCGUUUAAUAGCUUUUAAAUUAUGAAAUCAAGUAUUUUACCAUUUAGACGAGCAACUUGAGUGUUUUAGAGCAGCGUUUCCCAACCUUUAUCAAGCUAACAAAACAUUUGAAUAUCAUUUCAGAACCCUUUAAAAAAAAAAAAAAAAUGAAAAAAAAAAAUUUCUCACGGCACACUACUAAACAAAAAUAUCACAAAAAGUAGCUACACUGGUAAUUACGCCCAUCUUAAUUAUGUCUAGCAUUUAAUUGUUACUGCCUGUCAUUAUAAAUCACUGGCAUAGAUACAACAACAAAGAUGCAUCAUUUGUAGUAAAUAAUGUACAUAAAGAUUUUCAGACCAGUGAUCUGAAAUUGGAUCAUUUCCCUGGUUGGGAACCACUGUUUUCGAGCAAAAGCAUGGCUGACCUGUUUGUACGUGUUGCGCUUCACGCAAGAACACGUCAGGUCAGCUUUUUGCACAGGAGAAUCGUCCCUAUCCACUUUUUGACUUCAUUUGACUGAGGAAUAACAUUUAAGCGUGAAUGCAUUCAUUUGUAGAUCGUCUUCGGGUGUUCUAGAGAGAGAAAAUGCAUCCCCCUUCCCUAUUUAAGUGCCUUUUUUGAGGAAUUUCGCAUCGAUGGUUCCCUGAGUUACAGGCUGCACAGAACACGCACUGAUGGCUCGCUGGCAAUAACCUUUCGGAUGCGGGUUUUCGUGCCGUUUUCCUCAACCCUCCCCAAGCGAAUGUAUGGAAAUGUGUUUCUUUGAAGCUGUUUUUUAGGAUGUGUGAGAGACACCACCCCCUCCAAUUAAUUUUGACACUUGUGCCAUUCAGAUUGUUCCCAUUAGUUUUGUUGCUUUUUGUUGAAUGUAUCGAAUAGCUCGGAGGUUUUUAACUUUGCAAUGUACUGAGAUGAAUCAGAGAAAGUUUAUUAGGGUCAAUUUCACUGUAUAUAAGUAAAAAAUGUGGCUGCGAUUAAAGGAUUUGCACUUUU